UUCAGGUACUCUAAGUUCGUCACAAGAUGUCCCCUCUCAGGCUAUGCGGUGUCCGGCUACACUCUGUCGGAGUUUUAGCUGUGCUCAUGUAUAUUAUAGACACAUCAUUGGCUCAAGACGACCAAGGCUUCGUACAAAACGAAGAUUACCCCAACGGUGUGUACAACGAAGUCCCCAAAAACCUGCUGUUCACGUGCGAUGACAAGCUGCCCGGGUACUACGCGGACCCGCAAACUAAUUGCCAGGUAUGGCAUUGGUGUGUGCCAAGCAUCGGUGGAAAUCUGCAAUAUUCUUUCGUAUGCGCGCCCGGGACCGUGUUCAACCAGCGUCUGAGGGUAUGCGACUGGGAUUAUAAGACGGAUUGCCCGAACUCGCAGAGUUACUACGGCAUCAACGAGGAUCUGUACAAGGACGACACCGGAAACUACAUCAAUGGGAAAAAGUAGAUAAUUAAUUAUUUUAUAAACUUAUUCGUCUUUUCAAUAUUUGGUCUAUUUCUAAUUAACACAAAACAAGUCAAAUUAUAAUCUAUUCAAAAUAUUUCAA